CAAUGAUCAAAAUAACUCUUAACGAAAGCUGAGAAAGCGUCACAUCAAAGUGUGAUGACACCUGCAUGGGCAAGAGAAUAUGAUAAACGACUACAGAUCUCAGGCGCGCACUUUAUGGAGGCAACUAACAUGUUUGGCUUUGGGAAACUCUGCAGAUUAGCUCCAUCUUGAAUGCGAAAUGAGAGGAUCAUUGGGCUUCGCCGCGCGUCCAAAUGGAUAUUAUUUUCCUGCUUUCUAUUUCCAUCGUUGCGCAUUUUCGCGCUUUUUUCUCUGUGGAGGCGGUUGGAGUGUAACGGGUUUUCUUCGCGCUGGGCACCUGUUGUACGUUAGUUAGACGGAAUCAGUCACGAGUCAGUGCAACAUCCAAAACCAACAGGUGAGCCCCAGUCGUCUCACAUGAAGGCAUAGCAGCAAUGUCACAGCAAUACUUUCGCAGAACGGAAAACUUCUUGUACAGGGACCGGAUCCCGCUGCGGAUAGUUCGAUCCGAGUCUGAGCUGUCACCGCUGGAAAAGGCCUACCUGUGGGCUGUGGAGAAAGGCGACUAUGGCAGCGUCAAACAGGCACUCAUAGAAGCAGAGAUCUACUUCAAAAUCAACAUCAACUGCAUCGAUCCUCUGGGGCGGACGGCUCUGUUGAUUGCCAUCGAGAACGAGAAUCUGGAAAUCAUCGAGUUGCUGCUCAGCUUUAACGUGUAUGUGGGGGAUGCGCUUUUACACGCCAUUCGAAAGGAAGUGGUGGGGGCCGUGGAGCUGCUUUUGAACCAUAAGAAGCCCAGCGGGGGCAUGCAGGUACCUCCUAUCCUGUUGGACAAGCAGUUUUCUGAUUUUACCCCUGACAUCACACCCAUAAUCUUGGCCGCACACACUAACAACUAUGAGAUCAUCAAGAUGCUGGUACAGAAGGGUGUCUCCAUGCCACAGCCCCACCAGGUACGCUGUAACUGCAUGGAGUGCGUGUCCAGCUCAGACGUGGACAGCCUGAGACACUCCCGAUCCCGUCUCAACAUCUACCGGGCCCUAGCUAGUCCAUCACUUGUCGCCCUCUCCAGCGAGGACCCCUUCCUGACGGCCUUCCAGCUCAGUUGGGAACUCCAGGAGCUCAGCAAAGUAGAAAACGAAUUCAAGUCCGAGUACGAAGAGCUUUCCCAGCAAUGUAAACAGUUCGCCAAAGACCUGCUCGACCAAACACGCAGCUCCAGAGAGCUCGAGCUGAUUCUGAAUUACAAAGAUGAUAUAAAUCUUCUGGAGGAUGAAGGAAUUAAUGAUCUGGCCAGGCUGAAACUGGCCAUCAAGUAUCAUCAGAAAGAGUUUGUAGCACAGCCAAACUGUCAGCAGCUGCUCGCAUCUCGCUGGUAUGAUGAGUUUCCAGGCUGGAGACGCCGCCAUUGGGCCAGCAAGUUCAUGACCUGCAUCUUCAUCGGACUCCUCUUCCCUUUCUUCUCGCUCUUCUAUCUGAUAGCCCCCAAGAGCCAUUAUGGCUUGUUCAUCCGAAAACCCUUUAUCAAGUUUAUAUGCCACACUGCAUCCUAUCUGACCUUCCUCUUCCUCCUACUUCUGGCGUCUCAACAUGUAAACCGCAACCUCGUCGACCAAGACGAGAACUCUGACUGCAAAAACGAAAACUUAAGGCAGAACCUAGCACCCACUACUGUUGAAUGGAUGAUUCUGCCCUGGGUUUUAGGAUUUGUAUGGGCAGAAAUCAAACAAAUGUGGGACGGUGGCUUUCAGGAUUAUAUUCACGACUGGUGGAACCUCAUGGACUUUGUCAUGAAUUCUCUAUAUCUGGCCACCAUCUCUUUGAAGAUUGUUGCUCUCAGCAAGUAUAACAACCAGUGUCGGGACGAAUGGGACAUGUGGCAUCCCGCCUUGGUGGGCGAGGCCUUAUUCGCCAUUGCUAACAUAUUUAGCUCUCUACGACUGAUUUCACUCUUCACUGCCAACUCUCACCUGGGCCCUCUUCAGAUCUCCCUGGGCCGAAUGCUGCUGGACAUCCUCAAAUUCCUCUUCAUUUACUGCCUGGUGCUGCUCGCCUUUGCAAACGGACUUAAUCAGCUCUAUUUCUAUUAUGAAUCUGACGGCAAAAUGACAAGCAACAACGUCACAUGCAAGGGUAUCCGCUGCUCAGAGCAGAACAAUGCAUUUACAACUAUGUUUGAGACACUUCAAUCAUUGUUCUGGUCCAUAUUUGGACUUGUUGCCCUGCAUGUGACCAAUGUUGAUGCCAAACACGACUUUACCGAGUUUGUUGGAGCCACGAUGUUCGGGACCUACAGCAUAAUCUCUUUGGUGGUGCUUCUUAAUAUGCUUAUUGCCAUGAUGAAUAAUUCCUACCAACAUAUUGCUGACCAUGCUGAUAUCGAGUGGAAGUUUGCUAGAACUAAGCUUUGGAUGAGCUACUUUGAAGAGGGCGGCACUUUACCUCCUCCCUUCAAUGUCGUCCCAAGUCCAAAAUCUGCGUGGUACCUCAUUAGAUGGAUAAAGACCCACUGCUUCAAAAUUAAACAACGAAAAAGAACAGAGACGCUUGGAUCACUUGGGAUAAGAGCUGCUGAAAACGUCCGCACAAACCGCCAGUAUCAGGAGGUACUAAGAAACCUGGUUAAACGGUAUGUGGCAGCAAGAAUCAGAGAUGCCAAAAAAGAAGAGGGAUUAACAGAAGAUAACUUUAAGGAACUUAAGCAAGACAUCUCCAGUUUCCGAUACGAGGUGAUGGGAAUGAUGAAGGGUACUAAAACUGCCAUGUCGACCUCAAAAGGAAAUACAGCAGACUCAAGCCUUGUGUAUCCUGAGAAUGCUCUGAAGUGCAAUUCUACUUCAACUGGAAGUACCCUGAAGGGCAAAAUGAGACUGCAGAGCAUCACCAACACCAUAAUCCAGGUAGGGGGACCCAAAGCCUGGAAACCCACUGGCUGUAGCAACCUAGCGGAUGGUUCUGUCCCAAACAAGACCAUUAGCCAUCAACUGAACUGCAAAGGGCCAAACAACCCAGGGGAGAUGUACUCCGUAUCAGAGGAAGCCGGCGAAUCUGAGAGUGAGGAACAGGGUGAUGGAAAACAAGCAGGAAACCUUGAUUGCAAGGAAGAAAAGAACCAAAACAAAGAAGCAGAGAAAGAUGGAGAGAAUGAGGAUGUAGAAGAGGAUGAGGAAUUGACAUACAUGCGUUAUAUGUGUGAAGAGGAAAUAAAUGAAACAAACGAAGAUGAAACAAGCAGAUUAUAACAGUCUUAAAAGUGAAGAGGAGGAAGAAGUUUGUCCUCUUGACCUCAGAGUUCAACUGUGGUGAAGGUAAAGUGCAGGGUGAUGAUCCAAAUAUCAAGUUUUGUUGUUUGGUAGUCUCAGGGAUGAUUGUCUCUUUUAGGAGAAUACGGGGUUCAGCGUUAUCAUUCACAGUGAUUUACACUCAGUCAAGUGUGACACUCCUGUAGUUUUUCGCUGCUCUGCUCCUCUUUCAUAUAUGGAGGAGCAUUAGCCCACUUUUUGCGAUUCUAGACCUUUCAUUCUGCCUUAUUCCGUUAAAUUUACCUGUAGUUCUAGCCCAAUCUCACAAGGAAGCAAAACUAUUUUAUGUAUUGCCAGAAAAGUGGCUAAUUCGUACAAAUUCAUACAGUUUCAUUCGUAUGAAAAUGUACCAUUUUUUAAAAAGAGGUAUGCCCACACUCCCCACCCCUAACUCUCAUUGUGGGAUGAGCAAAUACUGCUAAAAAGUAUGAAUGAGAUUGAACAAAUGAUUACGAAUUAGCAAAUAAAUCAAAAAGUUACGAAUUGCCACGAGAUUGCGUUGGUAGGUCCAACAUAAAAAAAAGAUGUCAUUUCCAUCAUGCAACCUAAUGUCUUUAAUAAAGGUUACUAUGCAAUUAUUUACAACUUUUUUAACUUUUUAGUCACGUUUUACAUUGCCCAUGAGGCAACUGUGUGAGGAAAGAAGCAGGUUGAAGGGUGUGUUUUUUUAUAAACGUGGAUAAAGUCCAAAGUAAACACUACAUAUCAUAAAGUCAACACACUGUAAAAUCGUGUUACAGUAAUCAUGUAUGUUUCAUCCUCUCAGUUGUAUUCAUAAGGAUUUGGAGAACACGUUAUUGUUGCAACAAUGGUAAAUUCCUUUAUGCAUCUGAACGUCAUAUUCCAUCUAUCCUCGUUGUUCACAUGAUAGGUUACUGCCUAGUGUUACCAAUCUUGCUUAAUGCACAAAUAUAAAUAAAUAUAUGCUGUACUAUGA